CAGACAGUUGUGGAACUACAGCUACUGACGUAAGACGCCAUUCGUCCGCCGUGGGAGGGGCGUGUGUGACGCAACUCCCAUGACGUUGCGUGGGCGGGACGUGGAUGACGUCCAUUAAUACAGUUCUCCGCUGAGCAGACGGAGAAGAGUAUGUUGGCAAACUACAGGUCGAGGAACGUCAAAAACAGCCUUAUUUAACCCCAAUAAAAAGGAAUAAUUCAAGAUUGUACUCCAUUUUUCACCGGUGGACCACAACUCGCGAUUUAACGCUAACUGUUGAGGCUUGACUAGAGUAGAUUUUAAUGCCAUGGAGUUUCCAGAUCUGGGAGAGCACUGCUCAGAAAAGACCUGCAAGCGUUUAGACUUCCUUCCCAUGAAAUGUGAUGCCUGUCAGGAGAUAUUCUGCAAGGACCACAUCACCUACGAGCACCACAAAUGCACCUCAUCGUACAAAAAGGAUGUACAAGUUCCAGUAUGCCCUCUGUGCAACACCCCGAUUCCCAUCAAGCGAGGAGAGAUGCCCGAUAUUAAAGUUGGGCAACACAUCGAUCGGGAUUGCAAAUCGGAUCCUGCGCAGAGAAAAAGAAAGAUUUUCACGAACAAGUGUUCCAAAGGCGGCUGCAAGCAGAAGGAAAUGAUGAGAGUGACGUGCGACCAGUGUCAUUUAAACUACUGUCUUAAACACAGACACCCACUUGACCAUGAUUGUAAGACUGAUGGCAAACCUCUGUCCCAGUCUGGACAUGCUGCUUUAAUGAGGGCCCAAGGUGCUUCCUCCAGCUCUGCUUCUUCGUCGGGCCGUCCAAGAUCAGUUUCUAAUGGAGUCGAUGCAAGUAGCAGAGCCCACAAUACCAACACCAGCCGGCCGAUCCCGACUUCAGUAUCAGCGCAGAAUGUGGUGCAACCGGCGGCAUCGUUUCAGGCAGGGAUGACUGAGGAGCAGGCCUUACAAAGAGCUCUAGAGAUGUCCUUGGCCGAGUCCAGGCAAGCGACUCAGCCAGCCCUCAGCCCGCAGGAGCAGGAGGACCUGGCGCUGGCUCAAGCCCUCGCCGCCAGUGAGGAAGAAUACCGACGCCAGCAGCAGAGACAACAGGUACCACCCGGAACUUUAGCAUGCUAGCAUGGCAGAGAGUCCAAACAGUCCAACUGCAGCCUUUCUUAAUUUUGGACCAUUGCAUUUUAACUUCAAGUAAACUAGAAACCUCACAAAUGGGAUUGUCAACAUCCAGCGAUUGUUUUUCCAACAUGAAGAACCAUUACAAGCUGCUCACUUGUCGCCUUCUGUACACUACAAACUAAGCACAUGAGUUCCCAGGUCAUUUCUACCAGUGAUUUGCUUUGUACAUAUUUUAUAUGCUGAUCAUAAAACUGUUAUAUUGCCACCUAUGAAGAAUGAAUAAAUUAUUUCAGACCUGCACUCUGAUUUGCUCAUG